AUGACAGGAUCAACACAUGAAUACACUCGUCAACAUAGUGCAACAACAGGUAGUUCAAAGAUGAAUAAAUCUUAUGAAUCGCAACUUCGUCAAUGUUUAUCUACUAAUGAUCUGGAUUCACUUGAAUUAAUACCUGUUGAUAAUCAACUUGAAGAAAAGUUAUUUUAUAAACGAAAAACUUCAAUAAGUGAUGAUGAUUCCGGUACAGAAGAAGUUGAACAGCAACUUGAACAGAUGUUGAUAACAAAUCUCAAUGAUAAUGAAGAUAAAUUAUCAAUAAAAUCUUUUGGUCAUAAUCCUGAUGAAGGUUUUUCCGAAUAUGAAAAUCAACCUGAAUCAGCAAUUUCACGUAUUAAAAAAGAUAUAAAACUUGCUAAAAAUAUUCCGGAUGAGGCAAAAAAAGAUUUCUGUUUUGAUACAAGUGUAGCAUUUCAUGGUGAAUUUGCUCGACUUAUUUCAAUUCCAUUAUCAUUAUGUCACAAUGUUCGUUAUUAUCUUUUUGCUGAAGAAGAACUUGUUAAUGAAGUACAUAUGAAUUUAAACGGUGAAUAUCUUAAACUUGACAAUGCUAAAGCACAAUUUAAAUGUCCAAAUACAAGUUGUGAACAUGCAUGGACAUCAAUGCGAGCUCGAAUUUCAUUUUCAAUUAGUUCACCAUAUAGUGGAUUUAUUGUACUUAAAAUUUUCGGACAAAAUUGUCAAAAGUGCGGUACAUAUGCUAAUGCUCUUUGGUAUAUUGAUGAAGUUUGUCGGGUAAUGAAAAAUUUGGCUAGAUCACUUUUUGAAACCUAUUAUCCUGAUAUGAUAAACAACGUCGAUUUAGAAAAUCAAGAAUUAAUUCAAAACGAUAAAAAACAAUCUCAUCAAUCACGCCAUGACCCUACUCAAAGAAAAGGAAAAAUGUUGGCGCCACAUGCUAAAGAACAUUGUGAAGCAUGUCGACGUGGAUUAUGCUUUAUUUAA